GUUGACGCACGCUCCAUGAUCUUCUGGAACUAGAGAUCCUUUGGCGUUCGAAACUGGGUGGGAGGUGGAGGUGCGCCUUGUCUCCCUCGGGGGAGCGGUGGGGGUGGGACCGCCUCCGAGGGAAUUGCCUCUGUUGUGGGGGUGGCGCUCGUAAGUCGUCUGGUCUCCGCCUUCCCCGUUCUUCCUCCUCCCACUCCGCCAGCCAUGGACCCCCCGCCAGGGGAUGUGGACCUCCGGCGCAGAGCGUUGGAGGAAGACAACAUAGCGUCCGCUGGGGUGUUUCCACCUCUGAUAAACCCUUCACAACACACUUUGAGCACAACCAUCAAGACUUCUCUUAAAAUGAGAGCUCAAGGACUAGGAUUAAUUAUUUUCCAACAUGGGCCCUACCUCCAGAUAGCCAACCUUGUGGAGAAAGGAACUGCUGCCAAGGAUGGAAGAUUAAAGCCAGGUGAUGUUUUGAUUUCGAUUGGCCAUUCAAAUGUAUUAGGAUAUACACUUCGGGAAUUUUUACAGCUUUUGCAUCAUAUCCCCAUAGGUGCAAUACUCCAAAUUAGAGUUUACCGAGAUUUUAUUGAUAUACCACCAGAAUGGCAAAAUAUAGAUGACUUAAUCCCUGAGACUAAGCCUGCCAUAGUAAUAGCUAACACAUCAAGGAAAUAUGAAGAAAAAGAUACAUCUUUCUCGAGUAGUGAAGAUGAUGAAGAUGUAGACUUAGAUAAACGAUUUAAGUACUAUAGAUCACCACAAUCAUUUCGCCGUCAUCCUAUAAAGAAGCUCUCAUCAAUCUCUACUGAAUGGCAUGGAUAUAAAAAAAAGAACCAUAUGUUUACUGUAGGAGAAGACAUUGGAUGUGAUGUUAUGAUUCAUAAGGAUUUGGAUGAGAAGAAGGCGGAUGUUCCAAAAGACUUUAGAGCACCUUCCCCAUAUUGGACAAUGGUAAAACAAGAUAGUGACAUUUCUUCUUCUUCCUCUUCUACAUCAGAUGCAUUUUGGCUUGAAGACUGUGCCUAUGCUCAACAGGAAAAGGACCAACAUUUUACAGCAUAGGAACUGACCUAAUUCUAGAUUGAAAGUUUAAUUUUCCACGCCUUUGACAUGCUAUUUAAUUUUAGCACUCAUAUUUUACAAAAGGAUGCAUUCUUCCCAAUUGAAUGUAUAGAAGUAGUUGUAAUCCAGAAGCCUUAAUCUUUUUUAGGUAAUGUCAAAAUAUAACCAUAACUAGCUUUGUAACUCCAUUCCCAGAAGAGCAUUAAAAUCCAGAACACCCUAUGUACUUUGACUCCUUUCUGGAGAGAAUGCAUAUGAUUCCGUGAGAUGGGCAGAAUCAACUAUGAAGAAGUCAUAAUAUUGAUCUUCCCUUAAGGUAAAAGGAAUAGAUUUUGAUUCAAGUCAGUAUAUACAAAAAUAUAGAUGAUCAUUUAAUUAGAAAGUUAAUACUUUUAAAGGGCUUCUCAGAUUAUGUGAUCUACUGUAUUUAAGUAUUGGUUUAUAGAUUACAACUUCAGAGGAGAGCCCCAGUGAAGGGAAAAUUGAAGGUGAAUCAAUAACCUGAAUUGCUUAGAGAAAACAGGAUUAUAUUAAAUUUAUGCAAAUAUACCUACUAUGAAAGGAGAAAUCCAGUCACUUAAUUUUAUGUGGUAACUAUUUGUAUAAAUUGCUUAAAAAUCAUUGAUCUAAUAACAGUUCUGAAAUACUAAAUCAACUAUCCUGUUAGCCCUACCUAAAGUUUUCAAUUAUUUUCCACCCCUUCUCUACA